UAUGUUUCAUGAAGAUUAUCAAGCAAACAUCUACUCCUCGUCUGAUUGCUUAUAGUCAGUAGUGGCCGCAUUACAUUUUCAUAAAAUUGGCAAGAGCUGAACUUUUAGAACCCGCUCUGCUAGCAGCGGUCUUGUCGCCCAUGUUCCCACAAUCCUCCGCACAUUUCACGCGUGCAAUCAUUGAAAAUGAAUGUAUCCAACGUCAAGCCAAGGACACCAGCGUACCAAAUUGAGUGUGGAACUCAGAGCUCAAACGGCUACUUAAGGUACUCGCGCGGUUUCAAGAUUCAGUGAGGAGAAUUGAAACAUCAAAGGCUUUUCAAAUUGUAUCGAUUUAAAACGAUAUGGCAAAAGGAGAGGGCGCGGAGCAAUAUGCCGCGGCAAGUCUAUUACCAACAAAACCAAUAAGUCAAGAUGGAAUCAAAAUUGGCAAGCGGAGGGACAACAAUGGCCGUCUGUCAAUGUGCAGUAAGUUGUGCUAUGCAAUCGGAGGGGCUCCCUACCAGAUCACAGGCAGCGCGCUGGGCUUCUUUCUCCAGAUCUACCUGCUGGAUGUGGCCCAGCUGGACCCAUUAUAUGCCUCUAUCAUCUUGUUUGUGGGCCGGGCCUGGGAUGCAGUGACGGACCCAACGGUGGGCUUCCUGGUUAGUCGGAGCAGAUGGACCAGGUGUGGCCGGAUGAUGCCCUGGAUCCUCAUCUCCACUCCGUUUGCAGUGCUCACCUACUUCCUGAUCUGGUAUGUCCCUCCGGUGGAGCAGGGGAAGGUCCUGUGGUACCUUGUCUUCUACUGCCUCUUCCAGUCUCUGCAGACGUGCUUCCAUGUGCCGUACUCAGCGCUCACCAUGUUCAUCAGCAUGGACCAGAAAGAGAGGGACUCUGCCACUGCCUACCGUAUGACAGUGGAGGUGCUGGGAACAGUGGUUGGCACAGCAAUCCAGGGGCAGAUUGUGGGCGGGGCGAUCGCCCCCUGUCUCCCAGGUGACCUGGAUGUCCUUGACAACGGUAACUCCACACUGCUGGGGUCAGACGUCAACAUCACCCACAUCUCCCUAGAUGAAACGAAACAAGCCUACCUCAUCGCCUCAGCAGUCAUCUGUACCAUGUACGUUCUCUGUGCUGCAGUCCUGUUCCUGGGAGUCAGAGAGCAGGAAGAGUGUGGGCGUCUGAAGACAGAACCCAUGUCGUUCUUUGAGGGCGUGAGGAUGGUGAUGGGAUAUGGGCCGUAUGUCAAACUGGUCAUGGGAUUCCUCUUCACCUCGCUGGCUUUCAUGCUCCUGGAGGGGAACUUUGCCCUGUUCAUCACCUACACCCUGGGCUUUAGAAAUGACUUCCAGAACAUUCUGCUGGUCAUUAUGCUCUCUGGGACUUUGUCCAUUCCAUUCUGGCAGUGGUUCCUGAUCCGAUUCGGGAAGAAGACUGCCGUCUACAUUGGCAUCACGUGGGCAGUGCCCUUCAUGAUCCUGAUCGUCUGCAUAGAAAGCAGUCUCAUUGUGGCCUAUGUGGUCUCUGUGGCUGCAGGAGUCAGUGUGGCUGCAGCUUUUCUCCUACCUUGGUCAAUGCUUCCAGAUGUGGUGGAUGAUUUCAAAGUGAAGAAUCCAGACUCUAGUGGCCACGAGGCCAUUUUCUACUCCUUCUAUGUCUUCUUCACCAAGUUUGCCUCAGGAAUAUCCCUCGGCAUCUCUACUCUCAGUCUAGACUUUGCCGGCUAUGUGACCAGAGGCUGCUCGCAACCCGACGCAGUGAAUUUAACGCUGAAGGUGCUGGUCUCUCCUGCUCCUGUUGUUCUGAUAUUCCUGGGGCUGUUUAUAUUCAAGACCUACCCCAUCGACGAGGAGAGGAGGCAAGGCAACCGGAAACUACUGCAGGAGAUGCGGGCGAGCGAUCAGGAUUCCGAGACAGAGUCCACAGAGCUUGGGAGCGUUGUAUAGGAACCCCCUGGAGAGAAGGGCGACCAACCAAAAGGCCACCGCUGUCCCGCGUGUUUGCAGUGGCAGGCUGGAGUGAUGAGGCCACUGGGGAGCCUGGACAGAGUUUGUGAGUUUUGGGUUAAGCUGGACUAACGGAGGAGAAACCACAGACCACACUACUGCUACAUGAACACAAUGGCCCUCGUCUCCACAGGAUUCCACAGGUUACAGAGACCUCUAGUGGACAUUUUGAGUCAUCGCUCUCUGUAGAGUACCUACUGUACUGUACUAUGUAUGUGAUUCGUGAUACUGGUUUAUCGGUUUUGUUUGUUUACAUGACAAACAUUAGUUUGGGAUUGUUAAUCAUGCAUUUACCCAUCAAAUUCAAGAUUUUUUUUAAUGAGAUGUUUGUCUACCUGAACCAAGGAUAUUAGGUCAAAGGGUGGGAAAGCUUUCUCUGCACUAAAACAAUACUUUCCAAUCAGCAGGAUGGUCCUCAUAGAGGGAGGAUUUCAGCAUUCAUUUUUUGGGGCAUAUCAGUAACUGCACUGGAUUUAAAUGGUUAUUUACAACAACAAAAAAUAAAUAAACUAAUUUCAAGAGGAUAGUACUCCUCUUUAGGGAUGUGGAGAGCACAUAACUAUUACAAUCUUAUCCACUGGAAUUACAUUUGUGUCUCAUGGGGAAAAGAAACAAGGAACCUUGUAAAAGAAACUCUAACCUUAAUGAACUCAUUAACAUUGCCAAUAAUGUGUCUAGAUUUCAGACUUACUAUAGCUAGGCUAGCUGAUUUCCACCUUUAUAAUUACUGGCUUAACAGCGCGGAUUGUAGAGUUGUACUUUGUAAACCUUGUUGUCGCAAUAAGAUUUUCUGUACAAGUUUGAACUAAAUUCUAUUUGGUCAAAGUUGUUUCUCCCCCACGAUACUAAGACUUUCCUUAAAAAGCCGUCUUUCUUGGUGAGUCCAAAGGCUAGUGGGGAGACUAACAACUUAUCUCAGGCCUAACUUGAUGUUUGAUGCCUUCAACUGUAUGUCUUAGAGGCCAUCUUGGCCCAAAGCACAGAAUCUUCACUAACUAUUUAAAACUAGUUAUGUUUCGAUGAAAGCACACCGUACUAAUUUGGUAAUAAUCAUUGCAGAUAAUCAAAUUCUAUAUACACUCGUCUGAAUAUGGAUGUUUACAUUUUGUGUGUGUGCACACAGUAUAUGACUAAACCCCCCCACACACACGUUGUAUGAUCAUCAGAAUGAUUAGUUGACUGUCAACACAUGAUAGGCUUAAUUUGUUUCUCAUAUUAUUUAGAAGUAUUUUCUAAAGAUAAUGUGUCAGUUGAGGCUGUGUCCUGAUCUUAUGGUGUGUGCAAUGUGACCAACAAUCAGUUUUUUAAUGUCUGUACUCUUGUUAUGAAUCUUUUUGAUCAGACCAAAGCCAAGUUUUCUAUUUUAUCAAACAAAUCAAAAUUCAGAACUCAAAUGUUUUUUACUCUUGAAUGUCUCAAGUAUAAGUACUGUAAUAUUGAACAACCUUGACAAAUCCUAAGCAGUAUCUAGAUAUCUAAAAACAGAGUAUUUUCUUUGGGUAGUAGCCUACAAUGGGUACAUAACCUCUUAGAUGUAAAAUCCCCUAUUUAGGUGACCUGCGUGGUGGUUCUGGGACAUUUAUGCUCGUAAAUUGAUCUGUGAACACCGUAGAUCGAAAUGACUUGCAUUGAGCGAUGGCCCUUGUUCCCAGGGACACAGUGGCCUGUGCGACAUAGGAUGUGAAAUCUGAAACCACUAGAAGCUGGGCUGUCUCUCCUACCAUUUCAUUCGCUCUUCUGAGUGUCCAACUCCUGCCUGAACCCUACAUCACAGCCACUGACAAAGCACAUACCUGCCAUCCUUACAUCGUAGUGCAGCAGGAGACAGUGGUUUCAUCACUAUAGCACAUCCAGACAUCGAUUUAUAGCUAUUAAUCUAAAAUAAUUCAUAGAUUUUAAACCAGUACACUGUCAUAGAUGUAAGAUGAAAGGCGCUUUCCUAAUGAGUUCAGGAAGCCAAGCUAGAGCUCUGUGUGAUCACAGCUGUGGGGCAGAGAGACCUUUAGAAAAUAUGCACAGUUUCUCACACUAAACAUACAAAUAUGUAUUUUACAGUUAAAAGGAAGGUAAAAUCUUAGUCCUUGGUUUUAUAAUUUGAUUAUACUGUAUAGAGCAUAUGUCAUUUCAAGCUUUAUUCAUACGGUUUUGUUGAAUAGUAAAUGUCAGAAAAUUACGUAUUUUCAGCAAAAAUGUACUUGAGCUUGUGUCCUCAAAAGGGACUACACCUCAGCAUUUAAUUUAUAUAUUUUUUUAAUUUCCAGAAAGUUGAGAUUUUAACAUUUUCUUGGAGUAUGCAGCAUUAUUAGUUAUCGUUUAUGGUCCUUGCAUGAUGAAUAAUUACUUUUGGGGAUUAUGCAGAUUACAGUUUAGAUUACAUGAAGAGGUUUUUAAGAGCUUUCUCCAAUGUGCUCCUCACUCCAGUAUGGUGCUGUUUUGGUGUACAUGUUUUGUGUAUAUAUUGUUUGUAAAUUGUAAAUAUGUUUGAAACUGGAUAAAGUUUACAGCACUGACAGCUGCUAAAAAAUAUGUACAAUAAUAAAAUGACAUUGGU